AUGCAAUCCACAACCACGCGCCGCGCUCCCCUCCUCUCCCGCUCCAACAACCAACCCACAGCAAUUUCUCGACCAGAGUCCCCCUCCCCCAUAGUCCCAGCCUCAGCUUCACAUCGCGGGCCCCCGCCGACUGCCUCCCCACAAAACCGAGAGAUCCCAGCAAGCUGGAGAGACAGCUCCCAUAUCCGCGCACCCCCAUCUUCACCCCAAGAGUUAGAAGCGGGGCAUGGUAAUCCUCGGCUGCACACGCCGUUUGGCGGGUAUUGGAGCUGGGCGGGAGACGUACAGCCGAUAUAUCUAGACGGGCUUGACAAACGCCAGGAGGAGGAGAGGAAGGUUGAGGAGGUACAGCGGAUGGUUGAGAAGCGACUUCAGGAGCUUUUCGAGAAGAACAAGGAUAGUCGAGUUUCUUCUGACAGAGAUAUCGCUGCGGGUGAAGGGUCGCUGGCGGGAGUGGGGGGUUUGAGGAAGUCGUUACCGGUGCCGACGGGAAAAACUGAUUGGGCACGAGUGUGGCAGAUACCAGGAACGACACUGGCUGGAUGUGAGGAGUUUGGCCGCCCUUGUGUUGAGGGGGGUGACGGUGCAGGUUUUUAUUCAGCGCCCAUUGCUGGGCUUACGCAGGAGAAGGUGGAUGAGGCCAAUAGCUGGCAUGUGAAGGCAGACAAAGUCGUAGAAAGCAAUGCUAUAAGAUGGAGUGGUGGCAUCCCUAAUGUUCUCGUUGCUCACCGCGAUGAUAGGGCGAGGGGCGGCGAGGAAACGCAGUCUCUCGAGGCAAGCAUGAUAGCGGAUGUGCUGCGGAGGGUCAAUACGGCCGAGUAUGGACUUGAAAGGGCUAGAAAGCGAAUCCAGGAGCUUGAAGAAGCGUUGACAGAUAUGAAGAAGGAGGUGGCAAAGUGCCGGGAGGAGGAGUUGGAUCUCGCACAACGUGUCAGCGAGAUAGAAUCUAGGAAUAGAUUGAUGGGUGAGAUACUCGGUGGGUACGCCACGAGGAGUUUGAAAGAGGGGUUUGAAAGGCGCGGGGGCUGGGGAGGGUCUGCGAUCUCUGAUAUGUGUUAG